GGCAACACGUGCAUCAAAGGCCGUAUUCAAUAUACACAGCUCACUUAUUUUUCGCAACGCGACCCAAAGUUGAAUUAGCCGGAGCAUGGUGACGCGCAAGAAGCCAGUCAAGCGCAGCGCCGAGGCGGCGGAAAUCCAGGUCGAGGAUGAGGAGGCGACCCAGCCGAAGGUGGCCAAGGAGGUGAUGGUGGUAGCCCAGGAGGUGAAAAUCGUCCGUGCCCUCGCCUGCAACGAUGUGGCCCAGCGGAAUCGACAGAUCCGCAAGCUGCGUAAGUGGUUCAAGCUGCGGGCUAGUAGCUCCUUCCCCUUCACUGAGGAGGACUUCAUGCGCAUCUGGAAGGGUUUGUACUACAACAUGUGGAUGUCGGACAAGCCACUGGUCCAGGAGGAGCUGGCCGAGCAGCUGGCCCAGAUGGUGGACAGCUUCGAUGGCAACACGGCCUGCAGUUUGGCCUACUUUAGUGCGUUCAUGCGCACCAUGUGCCAGGAGUACUUUGGCAUCGACCAGUGGCGCAUGGACAAGUUCCUGAUGCUCACCCGUCGCAUGGUGCGCUACGUUCUGCGUCUGCUCAAGCAGAGCAAGUGGUCGCCGGACCUCAUCGCCGCCUUCAACAGCAGCAUGCAGCUUUCCGUGCUGGCGGAGCAGCCUAAGAGUCGCGGCAUGACCAUGCACUAUCUGGAUGUGUUCUUUGAGGAGUUGGCCAAGGCGGCCGAUGGCGAGAUCACCGCCGCCCAGGUCAACCUGUUUUUGCGUCCGUUCGUCAUCUACGUGGCCACUCAGCGCGAUGCCAAGUUGGUGGCCCAGUGCCGCACAAGGGUGCUCUAUCACCUGCUCUACCAGAGCGACUUGGGACGCGAGUACAGCGAAAAGUACAACGCCUGGAAGCUGAUGGGCUUCCCCACCGCCUCCAUCGAUGACAUCGAGAAACUGGACUCUGGCUUCGACGAGGAGGAUGAUGAGGGCAACGCCGAGGAGGAGCCUCCUCGGGCCACAUCCCUGGAUCCCCGGGCGGGUAACGUAGAUGUGCACAUGCCAGAGCUGCCGCUCAACGCCGAUUGCGUCCUGGACGAACUGCAGACACAGCUUCGUACCAACGAUUUCAACAGCAAGCGUCGUAAGGGUCUGCGCAAGCUUAUCCAGAUCUUUGAGACCUACAAGGGCGGAGAGUUUCCUCUCGGCGUUCGCACAAUGCCUAAGGUGGAGGGCCAAACACUGUCGGAAAUGGUGGAACAAAAGGUGGCCGCCAUCGAUGAGUUGGAGGAUGAGGUUUUCGGUACUGGUAGGAAACUAAAGAAGCUCAACAAGUCCAAGCGCAAGCGUCUACUGCAGUCUAUAAACUUUGAAGAGGUGGACGAGCACAACUACGAUGAGAUCAUUGGCAAGGCUCUGCCUCCGGAGUUGCAGAAGAAGGCGAAACACAAUGCAAAGGUGCGUUCAAGCAUAAACAACGCCUGGGUGGUCGAGGACGUUAAGGAGUCGGAUGCAACAGAAGAUGGCAAAGAGGAAGCCAAGCCCAAGGCAAAGAAAGCUAAAAAGGAUGACACGCCCAAGCCGAAAAAAGACGAGCAGUCGAAGAAGGAAGGGCAGCCUAAGCCCAAGAAGGAGAACGCCAAGCCCAAAAAAGAGGAGCAGCCUACGCCAAAGGCACAAAAGGAAGAACAGUCAAAGACAAAGAAAGUAGAGCAGCCCAAGUCCAAGGAAGAGCAGACCAACCCGAAGAAAGAGGAGCAGCCUACGCCUAAGAAGGAGGAGCAGCCCAAGUCCACAUCCAAAACCGAGACUGCUGGUGACGAUGAAGCCACCACCGCUACCCCUCAGCCAACAAACGGCUGGGAAGCCCCUUUGGAGGCCGGUGAGCAGGAAAUCUUUGUUCCCUCGCGAAAAGUACAACUGAAGCAGGCCAACAGCAAGCUGCAGAAAUCGACGCCCAAGCAGGUUGCGCGACUGCAAUUUGCAACUCCACAACCGGGAAGCGCCAAGCGAGUGCGCAUAAUGACCAAGAGCAACUGCUCCUAUCCCAAGAGCGACUACUACCGCCAGCUGAAGCUGUCACCACAGCUGCCCUACGACGCGGAUCGUCUGCCCGGCAAGAGUGCCCUUAAGCCGCAUGUGCUACCGGGUCCGAUUCAUCCUAAUUUCAAGGGGGCCAAGCGGCUGUUCAACGACACGCUGUGACGUUGAGUACAGUGUAAACGACUGGGAACGGAACAGGAUCAGGAACAUUAAUGGUCUUGGUGCUCUAAUGGUAUAACCCCAAAAGGAUUGCAAUCUAGCUCUCCUGUAAAUGUCACCCGACGAAGAGGGACCGCUUUCACAUCAAAAACCAUCCCACUUCCUGACAUGGCUUCGGAGAUUAAGGUAGCACAUCCACCAUAGACAUGACUUAUGCUGGUUUUAUAACACGUUAAUAUAUUAUUGAUAAAGCUUCCAUUCGAUAUUUUGCUAUUUUAAAUUGUUAAGACCAUUGUUUAGUUCAGAACGCAUAACUGUGCUUUUCAAAUUUCAAUUUUCCAAAAUAGUUGAAAUUUUCCCGCAUUGUAAGCUGGUACGACUAAACAACUUGAAAAGUCUAUUAAUUUCCACCCAAAUAAGAUCCGCAUAAGACAUGUACUAAAUGUAACCCCUUAACCUUUUAGUAGUUACAAUUACGACUUAAAGUACUAUUGCUUGUAGGCCAUUUUAUGUUCAAGCUAUCCUCUGAGUUGAUAUUGAAAUAAAAGCAAACGUAGUAUAUG